AUUGCUCUUGUUUGGCGUUGGCGAGUAUCUUGUGUUUAGUCGCAGCUCAACAAGACAGUACCAUGACUGGACGUGGAAAGGGCGGAAAGGGUCUCGGAAAGGGAGGUGCUAAGAGGCAUCGCAAGGUGUUGCGUGAUAACAUCCAGGGUAUCACCAAACCUGCCAUCCGUCGUCUUGCUCGUCGUGGAGGUGUCAAGCGUAUCUCUGGUCUCAUCUAUGAAGAAACCCGUGGUGUCCUCAAGGUGUUCCUCGAGAACGUGAUUCGUGACGCUGUCACCUACACUGAGCACGCCAAGAGGAAGACUGUCACCGCCAUGGAUGUGGUCUAUGCUCUCAAGCGCCAAGGACGCACCCUGUACGGUUUCGGCGGUUAAACGUUUUCUUCUUCUUCAUCAUCAACAUCAUCAAGAAGGACGAAAACGAAUACCACCACCACCAAAGCCAACAACCAAAACAAAACCUUGGACCUAUCUUAGGUCCUAA